AUGACUGCCGGACCGAUUGCCGCCCGAGGGGCACGUUCCUUCCUUCGUACAAUACCCAUUGAGGUCUACCCACUUGGAGCAUGCAUGGCAUUCGCUAUGAACGUUAUGAGCAUAGUAUUUCGCUGGUAA